CCGGCUGAGUCUGUUUACUUGGCGCAGCUGAUGCGCCACAGCGAGAGGGAGCGACGAUCUGUGAGUUGACAGCGCAUCAGAUUAGCGCGGGACGGUGGGAUUAUCAUCCUUGGACGGAACGGCGCGGACCCGUUGAACCUUCCCCCGCAGCGGCGCGCGCUCCCCGGGGCUGAAGCGGACAGGCCGGCCGCCGCCGCGCGUUCCUCCUGCGGUUCAGAUCAACAUCUGGACGACCAAGCAGAACUUUAAGGGUUCCUCAAGAAGUGAUGUCCAACAGAGAAAUGAAAAACUGACAAAUUCAGGAGCAGAAGGCGAAAACAGGCCACUCCCCCGCCCGUGGGCCGGCAGACAUGGCGGGGCUCAAACGCCAUCAUGACGGGAAGAUCGCCGGGCUGUACGACCUGGACAAGACUCUGGGUCGUGGUCACUUUGCUGUUGUCAAACUGGCCCGACACGUCUUCACUGGAGAAAAGGUUGCGGUAAAAGUCAUCGAUAAGACCAAGUUGGACCCGGUGGCUCGAGGUCACCUCUUCCAGGAGGUCCGCUGCAUGAAGAUGGUGCAGCACCCCAACGUGGUGCGUCUCUACGAGGUCAUUGACACGGCCACCAAGCUCUACCUCAUUCUGGAGCUGGGCGACGGCGGCGACAUGUACGACUGUAUCAUGAAGCACGAAGGAGGCCUCAGCGAAGAGGUGGCCAAGUGUUACUUUGCACAGAUCGUGCACGCCAUUUCCUACUGCCACCGGCUGCACGUGGUGCACAGGGACCUCAAGCCGGAAAACGUGGUGUUCCUGGAGAAGCAGGGAGUCGUCAAGCUCACCGAUUUUGGCUUUAGCAACCGCUUUCAGCCCGGGAAGACACUGAACACCUCCUGUGGCUCCCUGGCCUACUCCGCCCCUGAAAUCCUGCUGGGGGACGAGUACGAUGCUCCUGCUGUGGAUAUCUGGAGUCUGGGGGUGAUCCUCUUCAUGCUGGUGUGCGGCCAGCCCCCCUUCCAGGAGGCCAACGACAGUGAGACCCUCACCAUGAUCAUGGACUGCAAAUACACGGUUCCCCCGCACAUCUCGCAGGCCUGCAGAGACCUCAUCGGACACAUGCUGCAGAGGGACCCAAAGAAGCGAGCGACCUUGGAGCAGAUCGAGAACCACGAGUGGUUGCAAGGGGUGGACCCUUCCCCGGCCACCAAGCUGUCCACGCCUCUGGUGUCCCAUCGCAGCCUGUCUGAGGAAGAGCACGGCUCCAUCAUCCAACGCAUGGUGCUGGGGGGCAUAGCAGACAGAGACGCCAUCACCGAGGCUCUGGAGUCCAACCAGUACAACCACAUCACAGCCACGUACUUCUUGCUGGCAGAGAGGAGGCUGAGGGAGAGGCAGGAGAAGGAGCAGCACAGCCAGACCCGAUCACCCAGCCCCAGCAAGGCCCAGUUUAGACAAUCUUGGCCCACCAGAGUGGAUGUUCACCAGGAUGUUAGUGAUGGGUUGGGGGGUCCUGCCAUUUCACACCCUGGGGGUCCCCAGUCUCCUGCCCGCAGUGCUGAGAGCCUUCACAAAGGUCCCAGACCCAAAACAGCUCUACCGGACCUCCUCCAGCGGCAGGAGAGCCACCCUCCAGCUUCAGGCCAACUUCCUCCUUCUCGACAGAACCAGGACCGGGGCUUCAAACCUGUGACAAAGCCCCACUCCAACCCCCUUCGGCUGGGCUCUCUGGGUUCUGUGGGCCCUGUUAAACCACGAAGUCCCAGUCUUUUUAGUGUUGAAGAGGAUGAGGAGGAAGAAGGACAAGACAAAUGUUUGCCCCCCUGUACAUUGCCUUCCCAAGUGGUGCUUCGCUGCAAAUCCUCCUCCGGGUCUUCUUCCAGCAAUCGCAUGACAUCUCGUAUGAGCGCUCCUGUUUUUAACCAGAUCCACGAGGAGGUUAAAGAGGAAGAGGAGCUGGAGGAGGAGUGUAGGGAGUUGCAUGGACUUGCCCCCCCAAAGCCCAGCCUCAGUCUCAAUCUAAACUGUCAGAUUCCGUCACCUUUGACCCUGACUACAUCCCCUGAAACUGUUGGCGGCACAGCUCCGGUCACUGCUUUCUCGCCCAGCUCGGAGACCAGCGACGAUGAGACAGAAGGUCACUUAAAACUAGACUCAUUAAGCGUGGAGGUACAUGACGGGGAGGGGAAACAACAAGCUAAGGGAGAGAGGGGGGCAGGACAAGGGAGCCCCUCCAAAUGUGCCAGUCCAGGGUCAGGGUCAAGCCAGGGCAGGAGCACCGCCAAAGCCGCCAGUGGGCUGGUGGAGAGUCUGAAGCUCAUGAGCUUGUGCUUGAGCUCUCAAUUCCAAAACCUUACAGGCGGCAGCGGGGGCGGGGGCGGCGGCGGAGGAGGAGGAGGGAGUGGUGGUGGCAGCACCGGGGUUGUGGGGGACCCCCAAGACCGUCCCAUGUGGAGGAUGUGCAUGGGGGGCUCCACUGGCAGCUUGGAUAAGGUCUCCCUCCUGGGGGGUCCUUCGCCCCGUGGUAACCUUACCCACCAGCCUCUUCUCACUGAUACACUGGCGGACCCUCUGCUGGAGGGCCCCUGCUCGGGGAGCCUGCGGCUCCGAGAGCUGGACCUGGCCAGAGAGAACCACAGGAACGUGAAGAACCGCAGCCUGCAGAUACCUCCCAACGACAAAAGCCUCUCUGUAAACAUUCACCGAAGCCCCAAGGAGGGUUUGCUUUGCACCCCCGCCCCACACAGCUGCUGCCAGGUCAUCUAGAGGUCCACCUUUCACACUCCCGCUCACCUUUCUUCACCAUCACACAAAUGUUGGAUUUUUCUUUGAGAACGUCAAACCCCGAACUCCCAAAAUGCACAUCAAAGAAACGUUUUCCGAAGUCCUUUCAGCAGGAACGAGCUUGUUUCUUAUGCAGGUGGCAUUUAAAGAAAGGGACACUAAAAUGGUAACUGAUGCCACAGGUGCUCACAACCCCACAUUUGCACAACAUGAGGUGUAGAAAAACAACCUCCACCCAAUCUGAGGAAAGGAGGAAGCUGAAGAAUUUUGUUACAUAUCUUUCUUGUGUUUGUUUUUAUUGUAUUUUUUUUAAUUUAUCUUUGAGACAAUCAUUAUUUUUUUAUUCUGUUUGUAAAUUUUAGGAUGAGACUAUUUUUAAUCCAAUGUGGCCGAAAACAGGACAAAGCAGAAGGUGGGGCACAACUUUUUUUUGUAGUCUGUUUUGUUUUCUACUUCAAAGACAAUGCACUCACGCGUCUGCAUAUGUACAUAUGUGAAUACGUUAGCGGUAGCUAAUCUCUUGUAUUACCAGUAAAGUUGUGUUGCAGUAGUUACUUGAAUGCUAGAUCCUUCUUCACUGUUAUUCUUCAUCUCCACUGGAUUUGGUAAAACAAACCUGAAGAAUCUUCACACACGUGCACCGAAACGGUUAAACAUGCAACGGCAGCUCUUUUAAUUCAACUGGACCCCUCUACUGAAUAAACGUUAAAAAAAAUAAUAAAACCAUGAGCUGUAUUCAUCCUGUAGUUUUCCAGGAUCACAGUAGCCACUGUUGUAGCGUAUUCCAAGACGACAACUGAGGUGGUUUUUAACGGAACGAGACACCACCCCUUCAUGUGUUGGCCUGUGCAUCUGGAUGUGCCACCCGCCCCUAGUGGAACAUUUAACAGUGCAUGUGUUUUUCCUGUAGCAACUUUAUUCUUGACCCACCAAGGUGGAACUGCCCCUCUUUCUUCCCAUUGUAUCUACCUGAGUAACAGAUGAAGUUGGUCACUUUACUGUAAUCUCACAGCAAUACCAGCGACUGCAAAAUGUACAACAAUGGAUGUGCCAUAAAAUCUGUCUUGAGCAUAUUGUACUGUAUGUAUAUGAUAAAGAUCUAUUACAAUAAAACCAUGUGAAGGAA